CUCCUGGAUAUACCAGUCGCGCCAUUGUGAAUCACGUUUGAUGUCGAUACAUAUCGCUGUGUAUCGAUUCGGCAGUAUUGCGCGCGCGUUCGAAUUUGGCGGCUCGUCCGAACAGAACGGCGUGCGGUUUGAGGUUAGGUCGGUUUGUUUGUUCUGGUUAGUAUUCACGUGAAUGUAAGCUGCAGAAAAAUGGAUGAGAAAGAGGAAGAUGUGACGGAGAACGUCGGUCAGGUGAAGAAGGAGGAGGACUCGUGCGAGGAGGCAGUCAACGGCAUUACCUGCAAGGAGGACUUAACCCCACUUUUCGAGCGGAUCGACCACAGCGUCAACAAAGUUCACUUCUCGGAGGUGCCGCAGGUGUGCAAAAACGAGCCGUGUCAGCUGGGGGUGGACGAGGCGGGUCGCGGUCCGGUGUUGGGCCCGAUGGUUUACGGCAUCUCGUACGCGCCGUUGUCGCGCAAGCAGCUGCUCGUCGAGCUCGGCUGCGCCGACUCCAAGAGCCUGACGGAGAAGAAGCGCGAUGAGAUAUUCAACGACAUAUGCGAGUGUAAGGAUUGCAUGGGCUGGGCGAUCGAGGCGAUCUCGCCGAACGUCAUCGCCAACGGUAUGUAUCGUCGCACCAAGGUCUCUCUCAACGAGAUCUCCAUGAUAUCGGCCACCGGUCUGAUCAAGGCGGCGAUCGAGGCCGGCGUGCACGUCGCCGAGAUCUACGUGGAUACCGUCGGCAAGCCGGAGAGCUAUCAAGCGCGACUGCAAGCCGUGUUCCCCGACGUGAAGAUCGUCGUCGCCAAGAAGGCCGACUCGACGUAUCCGAUUGUCAGCGCGGCCAGUAUAUGCGCCAAGGUGUCGCGGGAUCACGCGAUCCGCGCGUGGCGUUUUCGCGAGGACGACGUCGGCAAGGAGUACGGCAGCGGCUACCCUACCGACCCAGUCACGAAGAGCUGGCUGUCGGCAAACGUGGACGCGGUGUUCGGCUUCCCGCGACUGGUCCGCUUCAGCUGGUCCACCGCCGAGCAGAUCCUGCAGGCGAAGGCGUUCGCCGUCGAUUGGGAGAAGGUCGAGGAGACGGAGUCGCCGAACGAGCGGAAGAUCCUCCAAUUCUUCGCCAGGUCCCCGUCCAAAACUUUGUCCGACGUUCACGUGAAGAAACACCACUUCUUCACGGAGCGUUGCCUGUCCAACGCGACCGCCCUGUGAUAUUUGCCUUGUGUCGAGCCCCUUCCACGUUGUGCGUUCUCUCUUAUAUUUCUCGGAGUGAAAUUUCACGCGCGCAAAGUAGAGACCGACAGACGAGUUACUCCAAUUCGAGAGCAAUCUUUCGCUCAUUCAGGGGGAAUUCGCCGUCUUGAAUCGUCGAGAGAGCGUUUUCACUCGAGAUUGAAGAGCGAAUCCGAUGCAUUCCACUGUCACAGGAACAGAUUCAUUAAGAUAACAGGUCCCGAUGUGAAGUAUCAGAUUCGUUCUAAUCGAUUGAAACGUUCGCUCAUAUGAAAUCAGAAUCCGCUCUGAGCUCGAGUGCAAGUAUUUUCAUUAUCGUUCCGAAUGAAUUUUCACUCACUUUGAAUGAGUUCUCUCACUCCGAGGAAUUUAGAGAGCACGAUCGUAUAUCGCCGGGGAUUUUCGUGGAAUUUGUUAGAAAUGUUUGUUACAGAUCUUUUGAGAGUUUCUAAUAAAUGUCACUUUCCAAUU